CUAGUUUUAGUAUUAGGAGAUCUUCACAUUCCUUAUCGUGUAAAUGAUCUUCCAUUAAAAUUUAAGAAACUUUUAGUUCCAGGUAAAAUUCAACAAAUUAUAUGCACAGGAAAUGUAUGUGAUAAAGAAACAUUUGAUUAUUUGAGAACAAUUGCUGGUGAUGUUCAUGUAGUUAGAGGAGAUUACGAUGAGUUUGCAAAUUGGCCACUCUCCAAGAUUGUCACUCAUGGACAUCUUCGUAUUGGAGUGUUACAUGGACAUCAAGUAAUUCCAAUUGGUGACGCAGAAUCAUUAUCAAUUAUAGCAAGACAAAUGAACGUAGACAUUUUAUUAACAGGUCAUACUCAUCGUUUUGAAGCAAUUGAAUAUGAAGGAAAAUUUUUUGUUAAUCCUGGAAGUGCAACUGGUGCUUAUUCAGGAUUUAGUGCCGAGGAAAUAAUACCAUCAUUUAUUCUAAUGGACAUUCAAGGGUCAGUGGUGACUACAUAUGUUUAUCAAUUGAUUGAUGGUGAUGUAAAGGUCGAUAAGAUAGAGUAUAGAAAAACAUUUGACUCUGAAAGAGUUGCGUAA